AUGGCACAAGCACAUCACCCACCAGACCUCAAAAUCCCCUCCUCUGAUGCCACAGUCCGCGUUCGAAUUAUCGACACAACCUCCCGAAUCUCAGGCAUACCCAUCGAUGGCUUCAUGCGACCCUCAAUCAAAGGCUUCGAAUACCUAAAUUGCCCUGCCUUCUCCUUCCUAAUCGAACACCCCUCCUCCAGGAACCUCCUUUUCGACCUCGGAGUCCGCAAAGACAUCGAGAACUUCUCCCCUCGAAUCAUCAACCGCAUCAAAGAAGGCGGCUGGAAAGUAACCGUCGAAAAGUCUGUCCGCGACCAACUCUCCGACAACAACGUCAAGCCCUCAAGCAUUGAAGCUAUAAUCUGGAGCCACUGGCAUUGGGACCACACCGGCGACCCCUCCACGUUCCCUCCCUCCACAACCCUCAUCGCCGGCCCCGGCUUCAAGCAGAACUUCCUUCCAGGCUACCCCUCCAAUCCCGAAUCCCCCAUCAAAGAAACCGACUACGCCGACCGCGAACUGCGCGAGAUAUCCUUCUCCGACCUCAAAAUCGGCCGCUUCAACGCCUUCGACUAUUUCGGCGACGGUUCCUUCUACCUCCUCGACUCCCCGGGCCACGCAAUCGGCCAUAUGUGCGGUCUCGCACGCGUAACCUCUAACCCACCAUCCUUCAUCUUCAUGGGCGGCGACGCAUGCCACCACGGCGGUGAAUUCCGACCCUCGAAAUACCUUCCCCUACCCUCGAGAAUCGUUCCAAAUCCGCUCAAAAAGCGCGGUUCGCAGCCAUGUCCAGGCUCCUUAUUCGAGCCUAUCCUCCGUGAUGGCGAUCGUACGAAGCCGUUUUUCGAAAUUCCAGAGGGGCGCGUGGCGCAUGAUACGGAGGAGGCGAGGAGGACGGUAGAGAAGGUUAUGGAGGCUGAUGCGAGGGAGGAGGUGUUUGUGGUUAUGGCGCAUGAUGAUACGGUGGGGGAGGUGGUGGAUUUGUUUCCGGGGUAUGCGGAUGGGUUUGCUAGGAAAGGGUGGGUGGGGGAUUCUCGGUGGUUGUUUUUGAGGGACUUUGAAGAAGCAGUGGAAGGGCGUAAGGAAGCUUAG